CAACAGUCUACUGUAAUAUGCGAUGGAGUUAAAUGGUGAUGAUGCUUUGAAAGAAUAUCAAUAUCAGUUAAACAGAGGACUAAAAAUUGCAUUUGAACGUUGUCCAUCUUGUAAUACAACACAUCUUCCGUUUACCUGUCAGAAUUGCAUACAGGAAGGAAAUUAUUUUCGUUCGAAUAGUGAUGAUUGUGAAACGUUCCGUGAAAAGUUGGAACGGUACCAAAGGUACAAGGCAGGGGAACAUAAUAGGAUCUAUCAGAAGUUGUGUACUGAAUUGGACAAGAAAUUAAAAAUAGAAGCCAAGAAGUGGGAGGUGAAACAACUCAGACAGCAAAUAGAAUUUAUGAAAAAAUCAAUUGAAGAAAUUAAAACCAAGAAGACUAAAGAUGAAGAAAGUUUAAAUGCAGUGAGUGAACAGGUGAAACAAUUUGAAUCAAGAGCCAAAAGUCACCGUCAUAAACUAGACAAGAUAAAAAAAUACAUAGAACAAAUUAAAGAAAACCUUAGCGAUAAGAGACACAAGUUGGAUGAAAGGGAGGAGGAACUGUGUGAGACACGCAAAAUAAGAGUUAAUCAACUUGUGCUACAUAUAUUUCCAAUAUCUGAAAUAAGAAGUAGUCUGAAAAGUGAUGAAGAUGAAGAAGGGAAAGAGGACCUAAUAGCGGCAUUGGCAGAUGCGCGUCAAACCUCAUUUGUGCGCGGUCGAUGGGUAUUCUCUGAGAACCAGAGUGAAGUGCAAUAUUUGAUAGUUGAUGAGGAUGUUUUGUUGCCUGGUAAUGGUGACUACUCGGCAUACACAGCAUGGAUUGAAACGAAUGAGCCUCUGCUAAGGGGUCCAGGAACAGAGGUUGAGCUGCGUAACCCAGCAUUCCAACUGAGUGCUGCUCUCUGCUUCACAGCCCACCUUGUCUGUCUCGUCUCAUUUUAUCUUGGUGUUAAUCUCCCCAGGAAGCUGUGCUUUAGCGAGUUUUGUGGGAAAGAGAUGAGUCCUUCAAGGUUCAGUAAAUCAGUUGCCAACCUCAACGCAAAUAUCAUGUAUCUAUGUAGCUCACAGAAGAUAGCUCCUGAGAAAAUCCUCUCAUAUGGAACACUAAGGAAUAUGUUGACUUUACUAGAACCAACAAGUGGCUAUCUUGGAAGGUGUGGCCCUUUUGAUGUGACAGUGAGCUUAACUGAAGCCAGACUUCUUUCUCCAGAGGUAGUCCUAAGCGACUCUGAAAGCAGCGACACCGGAGCAAUAGACUAUGAAUCGGAGUUACAGACUGAAGACUGGGAAGACGUUCCCAAAUCCAGUAUUGUUACCAUUCCUUUCCCGAACAGCCAAUCGGCUAUGAACUUGGGCCAACAGGAUGUUACGCAAAGACGAUCAAGUAUGAACGUCACCGCCAGUGUCCACACUGCCGGAGGACUUGUGUCAUCCGCAGCAGCUUCAAUGGCUUCUCUGUGGCGGGCUGCCACUGGUACAACCUCAUCUUCACCACCAGAUAAGAGUUGACGAUAGCCUCUGUUAUUCAUCUAAUAAACAUUUUUUAAAUGUGUAAAAUUAAAGACUGGGAGUUCUAUUAUAUACACAAUGAGCACUGGAUGAGUUUGUGAUCUGUUUUAAAUGUCUCUCUUCCGUGGAACUUGUGCUGACAUCAUUUUUUAAAGUUUUUUUUACUAGGUGAUAGGUAUUUGAAAAUGGAGGAAAAUAUAAAGCAAUAAAUUAUGUUUAAAUAUACAAUUAGUUAUCAUUACCAGAAUUUGAAAUGUUAUGUGCAUUAUUUGUUCAUGUUCUUAAUAUUAGUUAUUUGUAAAGUUGCUGUUCACAAAGAUGCACAUUCUAACACUCCACCAGCAACCCAGGAAUAUACAUUUAUAUGCUAAUCUGUUAAUUUCUACAGUGAUACUCAAAGAAGUGUCUAUGUUCCAUGAUAUCACACGCAUAUAGACCAAUGACGGUUAUUAUUUUCACAAAAUCUAGGCAGUGGUAGUUCAAGAAAUUUAUUGAAGUCUGGCAGGGGGACUGAACCAAAGGGCUGUGUACAGCCUUGGUCAGGGUCGCUAGAAUAAAUUUCCUCGUGGGGUUCAUGUGUAGAAAUUUUAUGGCGUAGGAUAUCCUGAAAUUAUGCUUUUAGACCACAUAAUUCAGAUUGGCAAUCACAAUACCUUUGGAUACUGCUUAUAUAUGCAAUGGGCUUGGGAGGGGGGUAGUUUUACUCUGACCCAAGCUGGUGAAGCCACUGAGGACAGAGGCUAUUGUUCAUUUCUUACACUUGUGAUUAUGCUUAUUUUUAUUCAUUUAUUUGAUGAGGAUAACCUGUGCAGCUCACCAUUAAUGGAGAGCUGAUAUUAAGGGGUCCUCAACAAAUAAAUAUAAAACACAUAUAUAAAAUACGCUUGACCACAUUCAAAUGGUUUUCAAUCACCUCGCAUGGAAGGUCUACAAGCAGAUCCAAGUUGAGUGAACCUGGUUAACUUCUGUAGUUUGCUUAAUUAAAAAUUAUAUAUAUUUUUUUCUAAAUGGAAAAUAAGCAAGUCUAAAAUAUGCUUGUUUAAUAGAUAUGUUGAGACCUGUUUUGAAUAAAAUCAGUUUUAAUUAUAUUA